AUGUCGGCUGAUCUGUUUGCCGAAUUUGCCAACAGCAACCCGCCACCUCCGCAGCAGCAGCAGCAGCAGCAGCAGCAAAGACACCAGUCACCGAUUCCACCGGCCGCAACUGGCCAGCAAACGUGGAAUAAGCCUGCGGCAAAGGAUCCCUUCAGCUUUGGCUUCAACGAUUUCACAACAGCAGCAGCGUCACCAAUUGAGAAAUGGCCCCCCGUCCAGUCUCAGCCGACCGCAGCUGUUGGCUGGCCUGCGUCCACAGCGGUCUCACAAGCUGCGCCAGCAUCGCAGGCAUUCAACGAUGCCGAUGACGAUGGCUGGGGAGACUUCGAGACGGCGGAGCCUACGCCGGCGGCAUCUACCAUCAACAAACCUUCCGACCCUUUUGGCAGUUUAGCCUCUCCAGUUAAACAGCCUGAUGUUGUGAACAGGCCCUUCCGAGCGCCUACUCUCGACAUCAUGACCAAUACGUUGGUCGACAUCCAAGCAAAGCCAAAGCCCAAGCCCGAGGGCACCGGCUUCUCAUGGAGUUCGGCACAGGGCAAUUCAAGGCUGUCCAUGAACUUGGCACCUAAGGAUCCCAAUGUGCUGUUCGAUGCCGAUGAUUUCGAGCUCCAGGGACCGGAUGCUGAUGACGAUGACGAUGAGUUUGGUGACUUUGAAACGGUGGCACCGGCACCUCCGCCAUCGAAGCAAAGCUCUACUGCCAAUCCCGCACCUUCGAACAAUUCUGCUCAAUUACUGGACCUGCUCUCCCUUGACAAUCCGCCGCAGAAGCCAUCAGCCCCAAAAGUCACUCAAGUCACUCACAGACAAAGCCCUCCCCAGCCUCUGGGAGCCUUGAGCUUUGGGGCGGCGGUGACAACACUGCCGAACCCGCCAAAGUCGCCAUCUUUCCAGGAGCGAAACCCUUUUCCAGACCUUGGGAUCAAGACGAGUGUAAUAUCCGCCAAAUCUCCCACGAAGGCGCGUGAUGCACCAAAAUCAGCAACUCCAGUUACGGCAUGGCCAACGACUAAACAUAGAGCAACACCUUCCGGGGCCAAGGCAUUCGAUGAUGAUUGGGACGCUUGGGACGAUACGCCUAGUGCACUCGCCAACAAGAAGGAGGCAAGAUCCAGCAUUGAUCACUCUGAAGGUUGGGAUUGGGGCGCUGGCGAUGAAGGUCAAUCCACUGCCAUGAAGGAAAACGAUGACGACCCUCCUCCGACCAAUGUUCCUCCGCCAUCCGUCAUCUUAUCUGUUUUCCCCGAUCUCUUGAGCUCAGCGAAUGCCUUCUUCAAGCCAAUGUCCGGCCAUAGUGCCUCCAUCAAACAGCAGGUUUUGUCCAAUCCCAAAGCAAUUCACUUUCUCCAGGGCUAUAUCCUCCUCGCCACCACUGCCGCUCGAGUGAUUGCCGGCCGCAAACACAGGUGGCAUCGUGACAAGAUCCUGGCGAAAAGCAUGUCCAUCUCCGCUGCCGGCAGCAAGGGCAUGAAGCUCGCGGGCGUGGAUAAGACACAAUCGGCCCGGGAAGACAGAGAGGCAGCAGACGUGGUGGCUGUAUGGCGAGAAUACGUUGGACGCGUGCGGUCUGCUGUUGCGGCUGCCAACGCCGAGGGCAAGCUGGGCCUCAAAGUCCCCGAGCUGAGCGAGAAUAUGCAGGUCACGACGGCCAAGAUGGUGCCGACGGCGCCCAAGCCCUGCGUAAUAUGCGGGCUGAAGAGGGAAGAGAGGGUGCCAAAGGUCGAUUACGACGUUGAAGACAGCUUUGGGGAGUGGUGGGUUGAGCACUGGGGCCACAGAGCCUGCAAGAACUUUUGGACACAGCACGAGCAGAAAUUGCGUCAGCGUUGA